GGGGCGUGCUUGCACUGUCAUUCAGCAGAGCUGUCCUGUGGACCACGAGCGAUGGAGGGACAGAACCCAAAUGAGGGCCUUGUCGGGGCCCUGUCUAACUCGUCAAGUCUUCACGAGUCGGCAGAGUUCUAUAACGCGGUUGUAUCCACCGCAAACGUCGACUUGAUGGAGGUUCUUCAAGAUUUCAAUUGGCAGGCCGGUGGCGACGCUAGCGAUCUGGAAACACGACUCAAGAGUGAAGUCCAAGCGAUAGAGGCUUCCAAUGUCCACGCCAUCAUUCAGAGCGAAGAGCAAGCCAACAGUAUCGUCGAGCAGCUCGAGCGAGCCAUCAUGGAGCUCGAUAUUAUAGACGAGUGGCUCUCGCAUUAUACACGUCACUUGGAUGGUAUGGGACAAGAUGUCCAUCAGAUUGAAGUCAAAAACAAGAGCAUGCAAAUCGGAUCGGCCAACCAGAAACGACUGUUGGAGGAAAUGGAGAAGAUCAUGGCAAUGAUCAGAGUGCCUGGCUUUGUCAUUGAGAUUCUCCGAAGCGAGCCUCUUGAGGAUGAGGCGAGCGUACUUCAAUGCGAAGACGCCAUCAAUCGGCUAAUGCAAGUUACCCAGACUAAAUUCGACGAUGGCAUUGGUGAUAUGACAGCAAUCAAGGAGAAGAUGUCUCUGUAUGACGGAUACGCGCACCAAUUCGGAAUGCGUCUGCACAGCUAUCUCGAGACGUAUUUUGCAACGCAGGCCGAGGUUUGGCAUCGAGAGUCGGGUCGAAUAUCGAAAAAGGGAGACCUGAGGAUCUGUGGACACGAAUCUGUCGAGCUUGAUCUGUACAAGUUUAGGAAACUAUUGCGGUGGCUGAAGGGACUCGACGUGCGAAAGCAUGUCGACCUACAAAUGAGCUACGUUCAAGAGAUGGGGCGGGUCUAUCAGAAGGAGACAUCCGAUCUGAUUGAACAGCUGCGAGCUCGAAUGAACCGCAAGGUUCCUACUGAGGAUCAACAAUAUUUGUUUUAUGUUCCGAACACGGCAUCGCUUUCAAACACCAUAUCUUCAUCGGCGACAAGUGCAAUCAAAUCCAUUGGGAUAUCCGGAUCCCGUGGAAACCUCUCGAUCCUCGCCAACGAAAAGAAUUCGAAGCCCGAGAAGCGAGGUCUGAGGGACCGACACAGGAGAAAAGGGACCAAGGAUUCAGUGGACUCAGGCGCAACUGAGGAUGAGGAAGACGAUGGGGCAUCACAAAAGGACGGCCGUUCUCUCCGAAGAAAAUCAGAAGCUGGUGACGGAAAGUGGAGUCGCGGUUAUGCCUCGAGUAGCAUGGCCAGCUUGGAUGUUGGAUUGGAGGAUAGAAUGACUCCUGACCAGGCCCUUGGUCACGCUCUCUCGGUUAUAGUGCCGAUAAUCAUCAGAGAACAAAACUUCAUGACUGAUCUCUUCGGGCUGAGUAAGUCAUUCGAAGAGAGCGACUCGAAAUCGUGGCAAGAAACCUUAGAUCGUCCACGGCCCGCAUCCAAGGAUGUCAAAACAUCAAAACGUAUACACGAAUUGGUUGGAAGGAUGUUUUCAGAAGCAAAGGAAUUUCUGAGUAACAUGAUCGAGGCCGCUAUCAAAUAUGAUCAAACAUUUUCAGUUGGAAUGAUGGUUCGGAUUGAAGAGCAUAUGAAGGAAACCGACUCGGCCGCAUAUUCAUUAUUGUUCGAGACGCUGGAUGCAGUACAUAAGAAGGCGUCGUCGAUAUUUGAAAAGUUUGUGGAUGAGCAGCUCAAGGGCAUUGAGGAGACCAAGGUCAACUUUAAAAAGCGAACCGGUAUACUGCCAUUUAUACGAACAUUUCCGCAUUUUGUUGAUCGAAUGGAAGGGUGCCUCGAGGAUUCAGACGGCCCAGCUCGACAGGGAGUUUGUCGAGCAUAUGAGAGAAUAGUUCAAAAAAUCAUGGAAACCUUGAAUGAUGUGGCGAGAGAAGUCGCCGCGGACUCGAAAUUGUCAAAUGACGAUAAGGAACAGCUAAACAUACAUAUCAUCAACGUUGAAAAUAUGCAUCACUUUUACUCGGAGGUCAGGGCACGGAAAGUGGUGUUCAUGGACCCAUUCGUGAAACAAACCAAGACUCUAUAUGACAUUAGCCUAUUAAGCUAUGGAAAAGCGGUGAUCAGAAAGCCACUAGGGAAGCUCUUUGAAUUUUUCGAAGGAAUCGACGAGCUCUUGGAAAAUCACAUAACUCCUGAAGAGAUAAGCUUCAGACUGCAAUACAACAAAUCGGCUCUGAAGGACGUGCUGAAGCGCUACCCAGGAAAGGAGAUCCGCAAGGGAUUGGAGAGCCUCUAUAAGCGGGUUGAGAAACACUUUCCGUCUGAAAACGGCUUGCUUCAAGUAGCAUGGCGGGGCAUCCAAGAAGAAUUUACCCGACAGCUUCGAAAAUACGAAGAUACGAUGGCGCGGUGCUACCCUGAUAGUGGGCUGAAGAUCGAAUUUACAAUGGACGAAUUGUUGGGCUACUUUUCUGACUUGGCGCGGGCCCAUUAA